AUGCUCAGUGGUUGUGAUCCGAAUUGGACAGUCACGCCGGAGCGUGAAGAGAUGCUGGAAGAGCUUCCCGGAUGCAUUGCCACGACCUGUUCUGUGCUCUCGGUGCUUCGAUCUUUUUUGCAAUGCAGGGCGGAGAAGGCGGAUGCCAAGUUCAACAUCCUCAAGAAUCUGGAGCUCUUACGCGUUGUGGGCGCGAAUGAUCGGAUGUCGGUGAUCCAGUUGGUCCAAGUUGGGGUUAUGUUGAUCUACUUUUGUACUGGGGUUUUGCCGCACGUGGCGGCGGGGACUGCAAAGUAUGUGAUUCGUGACCGGGCGCACGUGGUCGGCGAUGGCAUGGGGACUGGUCUAGCCAACAUCCAGUUUCGGGACGCCCAGGGACGUCAGUGUGCACACGUCGCCAUCAUGUGCAUCGGCGAAGAGGCCUCUCAGCCUCGACUCGCACUGAAAGAUUAUAGUCUGGAAGUUCCGAAAGGGCCACGUGCACUCGCAAUCCAACAGAUCAACGAGUUGGAGCUACGCUGGGUAGAGCAGUGCGGCCUCUUCGUGGAGGCCGAUUGCCCGCAGCGCAUGGUCAAGAUGUUGGAUUUCACGGCUCUUGCUGCUUUCAGGGGCCUUGACCCUCCGGCGGUCUCAACGCCGGAGCUCUUGGAGGCGAUAGCGCAGUGCGAGCUCAUGUUGGACACGGCAUCCUCGGCGCACCGAGCCGUCGAGGCGGCUCGCAAUGCCGUCGCCCUGGCGCCCGGAGCGACGCUGACACUGCCAGAGGCGAAGCAGACGCUAGCGCGUGCACUGAUGAGUGCCUUCCGCGUUCCAGAGGCCAUCGAGAUGUACCAGCAGGUGCUGACCCUGCUUCCUGGCGAUCCGGAGGCCAGUGCAGAACUUUCCGAGGCCUCGGCAGCACUGAAAGCCCACGAACGGCGCUUGGCGACGCUGCCUGGAACUGAGGAGGAUUGGGCGGCGAGGCGCCGCCGGCUGCUCGCUGCGCUGCGAGCACAGCGCCGUCCCAAUUGGAAAGAAGCGGACUGGCAGGUCCAUGCCUUCGCUCGCCUGGACUUGGGGGCUAUCUACGGCCGCUGCAUGAACAACAUUGCAAGGGUUGAUGUGCACGAUGAGAAGUACAAGAACUUUGGGCGGGAGUACCAGAGUAGAUCCGUUCCUGCCGUGAUCAAUGGCGCAAUGCACAGAUGGCCAGCAAUGUCCCGCUGGAGCAUGGAGAACUUUGCAGCGGAUUUCGGCCAUCAGAAGAUCAUUUGCGAUCACCGAUUCGGCAUCCGCAUGCGCUUUAACGACUUCAGGGAUUACAUGGCAGAGCAGGAAGACGACACGCCACUUUACCUUUUCGACCACGCCUUCGGCGAGUACCCUUCGACGAAAACCCUUCUAGGUGAUUACGAGGUGCCCGAGGCUUUCCGGAGCGAUCUCUUGGCAGAGCUUGGACCGCUGCGGCCCCCGUUCAGAUGGCUCCUGCUUGGACCCCGCCGUUCUGGCAGCACUCUGCACAAAGAUCCUUUGGGCACGUCGGCCUGGAAUGCCCUUGUGUUUGGCAAGAAGCUUUGGGUCCUCUUCCCGCCCUCCACUCCACCGGAGCUCCUACGCCCGGAGGCAGAUGCGGACUUCAGCGAGGAGUCCGCCUCAUGCUGGUUUUUGCACUGGUGGAAGAGUGCCCGUGCACGGGCAUGGCCCGAGCAAUUCAGACCCAUCGAGUUCCUGCAGCAGCCGGGAGAGGUCGUGUUCGUGCCGGCACGAUGGUGGCAUGCUGUCUUGAACCUGGAGGAUUCGCUGGCGGUCACUCAGAACUUCUGCAACGAGUGGAAUGUGGGGAACGUUUGGAGAUGCACAUCGGCCACCCACCCUGUCCUGGCGCGGCACCUGCGCCAGAGCUUGAAGUGCCAGCGUCCAGAUCUUUGCGAAGCACUGAUGGCCAAGCAGUCACAGAUGGAAGGCGAUGAUCCCAAGGUGUCCUACGUCUUCGACUCGAGCAGCAGACGAGUUGCGCUUGACAAGCAGGAGGAGCCCAUGUCCUCCGACGACGAGUAUCUUACUUGGAUGGCGAACAGCCCCUUCAAGCGGCGGCGCUACAGCGGAGAAGAAGACCCCAAGCGACCAAAGAAGUCGCACGCAGAGCAGGUUGGUUCUGCACAGGCUGCCCGGAACGAACUUCCUUUUGGCUCCUCUGAGCUGGAGAAGGUAUUGACAGAGUUGAGGGCUUGGGAGUGCUUUGAUCGUCGCGCUUCUUUUCCGGCCAUGGACGCGGAGACCUUGGUGACCCUGGCCCGCGUGGCCGAGCGAGCGGAGCGCUACGACGAGAUGGCAAACUACAUGAAGAUGCGCGUGCAGAUGGGCUCGAUCCUGAAUCCCGAGGAGCGUGACAUGUUCUCAGCCGCCUUCAAGAAUUCGCUUACCGAGCGCCGCGUGGCAGUGCGCGUGGCUGACGGUGUGGAGCAGAUGGAGACGCUGGAGGGCCGCGAUGCCCACGCUUCUCUUGCCAGGGGCUAUCGCUCGAAGGUCGAGGCUGAGCUCCAGAGCAUCUGCGAAGAUGCCCUGGCCCUGCUCCGCAGCAAUCUUGUGCCGAACGCCGAGGCUGGGGAGGCCAAGACUUUCUACUUGAAGAUGCAUCAUGCCAGAGAUGCGGCGGGUUUUGGGAGUGUCGUCAGGGUUUAG